AUGCGUGAAAUGAAUAGAAAACGAGAGAGGGCUGAGGCGAGUAAAACUGCGCUUGCGCAAUUUCCUUCCAGUCAAUCCAAGAUGGCGACCAGUGCCGUGAGUACGACGGACCGGUUUUAUUUCACCAAAGAACAAUUACAAAAUACACCAUCUCGAAAGAAUGGAAUUGACGCAGAGAAGGAGCAAAGUUACAGGCAACAAGCGGCAACGCUGAUUCAAGAUAUGGGGCAGCGUCUUUCCGUGUAUCCUUUCGCAAAAAGUCGUUUCUUGUGAAGUGUUCGUCUACGAAAAAUUGCAUAAUUAUUGCAGAGUUGCAGUGUUAGUUAAGCCAACGAAGUAGACUUCAAGAUGCGAUUUUUUUUCUUAGUUGAACGAUAAAUUAAUACUUUUACCGCAUUUUUGAAUUCCUUAACCAGUUUGUGUAGGAGCCAGCUGACAAUUAACACCGCAAUUGUGUACAUGCACCGGUUCUACAUGUUCCACUCAUUCAGUAAAUUCCAUCGAAAUGUAAGCUUUUCCAUUUGCGUUGUAUUUUACCACAAUAAUUAUUUUUAAUAUGAUUAACUGUAGAAUUUCCGUUUUUCUUUUUGGAGGUGUCUAUGACUCACCUAACGCCUAUCUGGCCUUUGGUAAUUUAACUUUGUUCAGGUUUUCCUAUACGAAAGUUUUGUACAGUCUGGAAUAUUUAACCAUUCUUGUACAGAAUGUUGUGACUUAAAUUGUCUGGACAGUUAUUUAAUAAAAAUCCUUUACGUUAAUUUGUGUUUUAGACUUGUAGAAGUGUGAAAGCAAGUCUCUUGGCUAUUUAUUGUAUUCAUUUGUACUGUUUCAUAGCACCUGGCUCCAUGUUGUCUUUUCCUUGCUGCUAAAAUUGAAGAACAGCCGCGUAAAUUGGAACACGUUCUUAAGGUGGCUCAUGCCUGUCUACACAGAGAUGCUCCACCAUUGGAUCUUAAGAGUGAGGUACAAGCAGAUUAUAUUCGUUUAAUUUACAUUAUUGUGCUUUUCUUUAAAAACUAAUAGCCCACGUUCGAUAUAUUAAAAUAAUAUUAUUCUAACAUGACUCUGAGGCUUUCUGCUAAUUUUUCUGUAUUUGGUUUGGUUUUCUUUGUGCUCAAGUCUCUUCUAGGAAUGGUGAGACAAUGGAGUCAUGAAAAAUUUGCAGUUUUGACCCUAAAGCCUCGGAGUCAUGUUAGAAUUUUAAUAUAUUGAAAGCGGGCUAUUGGAUAAUCAAGGUUUGUACAUGUACUUUACUUAUGCAAGCCAACUUUUAUGCAUUAUGGGUGAUUCUGACAUCGAUGUCACGCAUCAAGGACAAUUUCUCAUGCAUGAUUCAGAAGAGAAAAGCACCCUUAAGGUUGAUCUUGUGUUAACACACCUAAACUGUUGCCUUUGAAGUAGCUUUGGAAGUGCUCAAAGGUCGGUGGAACAACUUCAGACAUUUUCAACAACAUUCAGAAGUCUUUGAAAAUCGACAGUAAUAUACUGAAGUCCCUGUGACAUGUUCGGAAACUCCAGUCAUGACACAAGGUGAAAAUCUCACACAUUUGACUUGAAAAAAGUUGGCUUGUCUAGUAUUUGAGUAUGGUAUGAGGGUUACACUAAAGUACCAUGACUGUAUUUUUGCUUAUUUCAACACAGUUAAAUUGUUGCUCUUUUUCUUAUCACCGGCAUUAUCCUUUGGGACAAAAUACAUGUACUGCCCUUUUAUUGAUUAAGGUGUAUUUUUGCAUUCAGGAAUACUUACAACAAGCUCAAGACUUGGUUGAAAAUGAAAGCAUCCUGUUACAAACUCUAGGUAAAGAAAAAACAGAGAUACACAUUGAUAGCAGGGCUCCAUGCGCACGCGAGCGUAGCCCCAUACCUAAGAAAAUGCAUUUGUCUACCCAUCAGGGAGAUUUUGGUAAUCACAUGACUGUAUUUCCAACCGACCGACUAACCGACAGCCCGUCCAUCCACACCACAGGCAUACCAGUGUAAAAUAACUCAAUCAACAGGUAUAGCAACUCGAGGUUAUUUUGGCAAGAAAUCGCAUAGCCACCAGUGUCUUGAAGCAGAGAAAGAGAAAGUACGUACCAGGCCAGCGAAGCUCAACAAGACAAAGAGCGACAGGGAGCUAGAGCGAGAGAUAAAAAAAAAGGAGACAUUUUAUUUUGGAAGAACAACAUGAAAUUUUUGUAGCUGUGGUGAGAAAAUGAGAAAUGUUAGCGGCCACUAAGGUGUCACAGAGAAUGAGCGGCAGUGAAAAAACAAGUGAACUAAAACUUGACGACAUUUCCUCCGUGAAACGUGUAACUGGGAAGUUUCUGGGAGUUUUACACUGUCGCCAAUUAUUGUCUGUGUAAAGUUCAGAGACCAUGUUUUAACAUUUCAAUCUUAUUAAGGUUCCCUCAUUAGUAAUUUAAAGUGUGCGCAUUUUUUUCUUCCUAGUCAUAACUACAUGUGACCCUGCAUUCACCGGUAAACUUGCUAUGGGGUGGUGCAUAUUGAUCAAAAAGUUUUUGAAUGAUUGCAGGAUUUGAGAUCACCGUACAUCACCCUCAUACUUAUGUUGUCAAAUGUAUUCAGUUGGUCAGAGGUGAGUACACUAUUUUUGUUCAAUACAUGGACAUUACUUUGUGCAUUAUCUGUACUCCCAGGCAAAGGAGGUUGGCUAUGUGCCAGAUUAAACCUAGCUUGCGAAUACAGCCAUCUCUCCUUGCUCCUUGUUGCUAGGGCCGUUCUGCAAGAGAGACGUCCAUUCCAUAAUGACAGAAAUGCCAUACUGAUAAUGUAUGUGUAAAAUCUGUGCAGUGUCUGAUUAGGUGGCCUGAAAAAAAGUCCCAAGCAGGGACAGAGCGAGGAGAGACAGGUUUAUUUGCAGGCGAGAAUUAAACAACCUUUCACCUAGAGAAAUGUGGUUUCAACUUUUGAGUCUGUGGCCAUUUAAGUGAUGCAAGAAACAGGCACCCCACAUUUUGUCAAGGUUCACAUGUAAAUUAUCUAGAGUACACUCAUGCUUUGCUACAAUAAAUGUGUCCUGUCAAUACAUGUAAUAUUGAUAGCCAGCUUAAGAACUGUAGACUCAAAAGCUUGAAUUGCAUUAUUUAACUCACUUCUGUGGUAUUACUGCCUGUCUCUAAAGUUGUAGGGGUCAUAGCUUUGCUUCAACUUACACUUGUUUCACUCAGGUGUAAUUUUACAUUGUGAUUUCAUCUCUCAGGUAUAAGUUUCGUCAGUGUGGCUUAGAAUUUGUACACAAUGUAAGAAAUUUUUUCUUUUCUGGUUUUAAGUUCAAAGCUCACAAUGAUACCAAAAGUAAACAAAAGAGAUCCAAGUGGAAGUUAAGCUUGGUCAAUUAUUAUGUUGAAAUAAAUACAGUGACUAAGCCCUUUCAUUCUUUGUUUGUAUUACUGUGAUGCAUUUUUAUUCAAAUUCUAAAACCCUUUACUGUCAUUGUUAUUUGCAUGUUUAGAUCUGGUUGCAAUGUACAUGCACAUGUGUAUAGGUGAUGUACAUUUACAUGUACUUGCACAGUACAGGUCCAUUGUAUUUAUUUGAGAUUCAAUUGUAUGUAGUACUUGUGGUGAACGAUUGAAUAUUUCUAAUUUAACAUUUCCCACUGCCCACUCCAGCAAGCAAGGACCUUGGCCAGACCUCCUACUUCAUGGCCACAAACAGGUAGAGCCUUACAACCUUGCAUCAAUCUAAUCAUUACAAUGUAAGGCUUUCUUGCUGAGAUAACUACACGAGGAUGCCCACGUAGUAUGCUAAGUUGUAAUACUUGAAAGAUUCAAAGUCUUUUUAUGUUAUUGCAUUUUAUGUUAUUCCAGCAGUAUUGUCUUCUUGUCCUAUACAACUGCUGUAUUAACCUUUUGUAUUGUUAUACAAAUAAUGUCAUGACCUCGUGAACAACGUCAACUGCAGAGGAGAUUUCCCCGUGCUGGUUCAGUUUGAAACUCCAUGUUCUGGUGAAUAUUUUUCAGUUUUACCACACUCAAGGCGGUUUCACUCCUGGUCUUCUGCUUUGAUAUUUUGAACCUUAAAUUAUUCGAGUUUCAAGCAGCAAAAAGGAAGGAAAAGUUACAAAUUGACGUGUUUGUGGGUAAGAACAGAUGUCCAAACUUUUGGGGUUUGUUUACAACAAAGGUCAUCAAAGGCCACGUGAAAUCUGACGCUCAGAAGAUCAAUUAACUUUGACUGUCCUUAAUAACUAAGAGUUCCCUUUAUGACAGAGUGCUUUGAGGAUUUCUGACGAUUUCAGCUGGGCAUUUCUUGUCUGAAAUGACCAUGUGUGCUUUAUUCUGUAGCCUUCACCUCACUACGCUGUGUCUCCAAUACAAACCGCCUGUAGUGGCAUGUGCAUGUAUUCACUUGGCCUCAAAGUGGUCCAACUGGGAAGUAAGUAAUUAAGACUUUACAAGAGAAGGACUCUUCAUUAAUCCUUGGAAGUUUGAAUUUCUUUGGUGAUUUGCAUAAUUAGAAACCUUUGGACAACCCCAGUAAUGUUUGAAGAAAAUUAUGGCCCACAAGGAGAUUGUAAAUUUCUCCUGGAGUGUAAGACUUCGUAUCUCACUCCUUUCAUUGGAGGAAAAAGAAUUUGCCUCUUAAAUGUGACAUGAAUACAGAUUCAAAACUUACCAACUGCAAAAAACACCAUUUUUUUUGUUUGUUCUCUAUUUUGUUUAAUUGUCUGGUUACAUUUACCUUUGUUGUCAGCGUAGUAACAUUUGUUGAUUUAUUUAUCUUUUUAGAUUCCAAGGUCAAAUGAUGGGAAAGACUGGUGGGAAUACAUUGAUCCAUCUGUAAACAAAACAAUGUUAGAUGGUAUGGCUUUCAUGACUUCUUUAUAUUGUUUGCAUGUUUGCUGUUGAUUGGUUUACUUCCUAUUUUUGGGCAAAAUGCCUAGCUAUACUGCUAAGGCAUCCAUUAUCUUUACCCCAAAGUAGUUAUCUAUAGUUUGUAGAUGUUUUUUUGGCUUUGGUUAAUAAAAACAAUGUUAAUAGUAUAUGUCCACAGUGCAAGACCACUUGUAUGCAUUUCAAAUAUCUUACAGAAAUUGCUCAAGAUUUUCUUAGAGUCAUGGAAAAAUGCCCUAAUAGACUCAAAAGGAAGAUCAACACAGUGACUAACUUAAAGGCAAGAAAUUUGAGUUUUGUUCUUCUUGGUAUUUGCUUUCAUUAGAUUUCAGCCACAUUGUGUUUUUGUUUUGUUUUUGCCUACUCUUAUUGUCUCUAUAGGAUUCCAUGUAAAAGGGCUUAAUUUGUAAAGGAUUGUAAAUAUUUGUGUUCGAGUUUUUGAGUUUUACCUUGUGAAUGUAAUAGAACAUUAAUCAUGUGUUGAGAGUGUUUCAUCUGGUUAGCCAAUACCGAGAGAAGUGUAUCAAAAACGCUUUUUAGUAGAGUUUUGAGAUAUGAUAUAAAAAGCUAGGGUCCAGGUAGCUCUUUAGUCAAUGGUUUGUUUGAGUAUUUAAAUCAACUUUAACACAAAAAUCACAUUGAGAUUUCCGUUGUUUCUCACUUCCCUCCCUCUUCAUACAUGUAGUGCCACUAUAAAAGGCGUGAGCUGUGGGUUAUAACGGAUGCUGUUUUGUUUGAAUUUCCAGGGUGUAUCACACAGCAAAGUAGCUAAAGGCGAGUCAAGUAAAGUAAACAGUGUAGCUAGUAGUGGUAACUUGGGACUACCUUCGGCUUCUAGUCACAAUAGCUUGGAUGGAACCCAUAAUGGAUUUAAUUCUCACGACGGAGGGCAUUCGCAAAAUGAUUUGGAUGCAAAGGCGUCCCAUAGUAAGUCGAGACUUGAUAAAGAUAAAGAAAAAGAAAGGGAAAAGAGAAAAGAAUCCACGUUGGGUAAACUUAAACCCUUGCCAUCCUCCUCUACUGUGACUUCUUUAACUGGAUCAGGCUCGUCUUCAUCUGCUAUGCCCUAUCCGCCUUUACCUCCAUUACCACCGCUUACAUCUAAAUAUGCAACAGUCACUACUGCUAGUCAAAUGCAACCUAGCGAAUCAAAGGUUUCUACAACUGCAGCUCAUUCUACAUCGGGGAUGUCAUCGUCAGCGAAGGAUCCUUUAUCUUCAAGAAGCAAACAUAGACACCAUUAUCAUGAUGAAUCGCAACCUGCAAAGAAACACAAGUCUUCGCAUUCGCACUCACAGCGAUCUCAUUCCUCAACGCAUCGAAAGCCUGGGUCUUCCUCACAGUCAUCUGAUUCUUCACCGUCUGCAACCAUUAAGCAUUCCCACUCAUCUGCGCACAAAAGCUCAAGCCAUGCUGUUAAACCUUUGAACCCUCUUCACCCUUCGGCUUCACAAAUGUCCCACACCUCUUCCCACUCCUAUUCACACUCCUCCAGAAAACCGCAUCCGUCAUCUCAUCACACUUCCUCAAGCCAUAAGUCAUCUUCGUCGCAUCACGGACAUGGUCAUUCUUCAUCGCAAAAGCCUUCCUCGGGAUCAAUCGAUUCUUCUAAAAAACACUCAAGUACAGUUAAACCAGUAGCAACAGCAACAGUUGCUAGGCCAAUAACUCCACCGCCGCCCCCUCCACCUCCCCCACCCGGAGUAGAAUUUAAUGUGCUGUCUUCGUUGAAUGCGCCAGGAAUGCUUGGUGUUUUUCCUGGUGCGGAAAUGCAGCUCCCGGUUGGGCAAUUUCCCCCACAAUUUCUGCCACCAACCUUUACUUCAAGUGUGAUGCCAGGUAUGAUGCAAGGAAUGGUUCCCCCUCCACCACCCCCUGAUCCCGAACCUUCCUCGCCCCCCCCCCCACCCCCCCCAAUGCCUUGACAGUGGUAGUGAAGAGUUGAUCGCGGGCAGUGUAUUGAAAAGGACAAUCAUAAGCGUCGCCUUAGAAAGCGUUCCGCGUCUACACGCUCCAUGUGAACGUUGGAAAUCUUCCAAGCACGACGUAGAAAAUAUAAUUGAUUGUUCAAGUUCAGUUAAUAGAAAAAGGUGCAAUCAGCAGUGAGCUAUUCCAAAGAACCUCGAAAGAAAUGUUUGAAUACGUAUUAUCUUAAAAGAUAAAAUCUUGAAUCAUCCAGGAAGCGCAUUUUCCAAAACAUAACAAGGAAACUGAAUCAAGCCGAAAAUGGUCUUUGAUGUAUAACUAUUUUUAUAGUGACUGUUGGCUGUUAGGGUGCUUUGCGUGACAACGUAAACUCCUGCCCGAUAUUAACGGACGCAACAUUGUCGGAUGUUACAUGUUGCAUGUUGCAUACCCUGUUGCAUGUUGUUGCGUGUUGUUGAAAGUUGUUCUAUCUUUUCGUGCACCACUGCCAACACGGACACAAGAACUCCAAACAUUGUUGGUCCAACAAUGUUGGGAGUUGUUGCGUCCGUUUGCACUAGCUUUCUUCUGAUGUCGCUGGCUACUGAACUACGCUUGGGAGCGACUCUUAGAAGCUUGGCGUUUGCUAAUUAUUUUAUGUAUUUAUAUGCUUAGGCACAGCAAAUUUUUCUUUAAAUAACAGUGUAAUUUUCUUCCUUUACAUUAUGUAAGGAUGAACAGCGAAAACAAUGAAAAUAAGAUAUUAUACUAUGACGACAAUUAAGCGACAUUAUAAGUGGUGUCAUAAUCAAAACUGUAUAUUUCCAUAUAUUUUGCACAAUGCCGUACAGUUUGUUACUCUAUGUUUCUACCUUCACAAGACUGCUCUUCAACAGCCAGGUAGCCGGAGGCUUAAGAGCCCUCAUGAACUAAUAAAAAUAAACGGUCCACGGAGUCCAGAAGGUUCCGUUUGAACAAGUGAAUAAUUUAUUAACGUCUUACCCUUAUAUAUCCUCAUCGAUAAACCCAAUUAGAAAAUCCAAGAGGAUCUUUAUUGAUGCAUUUUGAAGAGAUUCUCUAGUCUAUAUCUCCUGAUCGACGCGUUACAAGCCGCCGUGUUGGAAAAAAAAUGGCCGCUAGCCAUUUCCUCGUAGGUGCCAAAAGCGAAGCUUUCCGAACGAGAAACGUACGGAAAUCCUCUGGAACCUGUGAAGAUUGGAGUCGUGAUCGGAGCCAUAAGCUGAUAGGAAUUGAAUGAGCAAUAAUCAGCACUCUCCAUUUUGCGAUUUUGCCCAAGACAUCACUGGUCAAUGGUCAAUUUGAAAACGGAGACUUUUUCUGCUUUAGCCUUCUGUCUACACGUAAACGGCGUUUUCGGGAACCAGAAACGAAGUUUUUUUUAGAACGUCGGUUUCUCGUUUACGUGUGGACGGACGGAAACGGAGGCUUUUGAAUACGGUGAUGUCGUACAUAUUACUAUCAUUACGCAUGCCCUUUUUUAAAGGGAUGUAAUCGUAUUUCCAUCGUUUUAGCUUUUUCAUCUGGAAGGGCAAAAACGAUUCAAAUACGCUACCUUUGGACGCUUGUGUUUUUGAAAACGGAGAUUUUUUCCUCCGAUCUCAAAAAUAUGUGGAUACGUGUGGCAAUCAUGGCCAUAAGCGAAAUCGUUUGGUUUUCACUAUAUAUAGUAAGCUCUGCGCUUUUCAGAUUACGGCUCCGACUCUGUUGCUAUUGAACAGCAGCCUAUAAGAUUAUGUGAAGGGUGUGGCCUGCGUAGUUAGUGCUUGAAAUUAAUAGGCGCAAGAAAGAAUGGGGCGCGCGAGGGGGGAGGAAGAGUUUCCUCUCCCCUCGCGUGUCUCCCUCACGCGCCCACUUCUUCCAAGCGUCUGCUACAAG